AGAGAGAGAGAGAGAAGAAGAGGGAGGGCGGGAAAAAAAUGUCCCAGAUUCCCAUGCCAUUUAAUAGGGAGCAAAACCAAACUGAGCUUAUAAUGUAGACUGGCUGAGCAGGGGGCAAAGUGACAGCCUGAGUGUGUGAGUUGUGUGUGAGAGAGAGCAGAGGAGAGAAGGGAAAAGAGGAAGAGAGAGAGAGAGAGAGAAAGAGAGGGUGGGUUAUCUGUAUGUAUCUUUCUCUCUCUCUCCCUCUCUCCAUCUGCAUGUCUGUAUGUGUACAGAGAACAUAUGUGGCACAGCCUAUGGUGGAGCACAUGUAAGGAAAAACCCUGUUUCCCCUGUGUGGAUGUGCAACCUGCAGACAGACUGGACUUGAAGUUUCAUUAUGGACUCCUGAACACUGUUUUUCUCUUUUCAGAUAAUGUUUUUCCAAGUUGGAUUUUCUUUUUUUGUUUUUUAAAUAAGGAGGAAUAUACUUUAUGUGGAGCGUCAUCCACAGGAAUACUUCACUACUUCACUUUUCUUUUUCCUUUGAGACACACUCAUACACAGAGUCCUCUGCUCCAUGUAGCAUUAGCUGCGUGGGUGAGGGGCCUACCUGGAUUAGUCUGAGUGUACAUGUUUGUGGGACAGACUCACAGAAGAAGGGAGAGACUGAAAGAGAGCAUAAAGUGAAGAGGAUAGCGGGAAGAUGUACCUGUACAAAGCCACGUGCCCAGAGAUUCCCAACCCGAAGCAGAAAGGGACCAGAAGUCAGGGCGCGGUCCAGGCUCAAGGCCCAGGCCAGGGAAGGCUCUCCAGCCAGACGUCCACGGGGACGGGGCCUCGACCUUACGCUCCUCUGAUGCUGUGGACGGCAAACAAACCCAACGGCGUGGUGGAGCUCAAACAGCUAGAGGAGUUUCUUAACUUCCACUCGCUGUCACUGCACGACACAGUGAAGAGUCAGACAGGCAUGGUCUACAGGAAUCUGGGAAAGUCAGGACUCAGAGUAUCUUGCUUAGGACUUGGUACAUGGGUGACAUUUGGAGGACAGAUAACAGAUGAGGUUGCAGAGCAGCUAAUGACCAUUGCAUAUGAGAGUGGAGUCAACCUGUUCGACACAGCUGAGGUCUACGCGGGUGGCAGGGCCGAAAUCAUUCUAGGAAACAUUAUCAAGAAGAAAUGCUGGAGGCGAUCCAGCUUGGUCAUUACAACUAAACUCUACUGGGGAGGAAAAGCAGAGACGGAGAGAGGACUGUCAAGGAAACACAUUAUUGAAGGUCUGAAAGGCUCACUACAAAGGAUGCAGCUGGAGUAUGUGGAUGUAGUUUUUGCCAACCGCCCUGACAGCAAUACUCCCAUGGAGGAGAUUGUUCGGGCCAUGACCUAUGUGAUCAACCAAGGCAUGGCGAUGUACUGGGGGACGUCUCGGUGGACGGCCAUGGAGAUCAUGGAGGCAUAUUCAGUGGCACGACAGUUUAAUCUGAUCCCUCCAGUCUGUGAGCAGGCAGAGUAUCAUCUCUUCCAGAGGGAGAAAGUAGAAGUGCAACUGCCUGAACUUUACCACAAGAUUGGAGUCGGGGCAAUGACGUGGUCACCACUGGCAUGCGGCAUCAUUACGGGGAAAUAUGAAAAUGGCAUUCCUGAGUCCUCCAGGGCCUCGAUGAAGUCCUAUCAGUGGCUAAAGGAGAAAAUAGUAAGUGAGGAUGGACGGAAGCAGCAGGCCAAGCUGAAAGAGCUGAACCACAUCGCAGAAAAGCUGGGCUGCACUCUGCCUCAGCUGGCUGUGGCAUGGUGUCUAAGAAAUGAGGGAGUGAGCUCAGUCCUUCUGGGAACAUCCAACCCUGAGCAGCUCACAGAGAACCUUGGGGCCAUACAGGUCCUUCCUAAGAUGACCUCUCAUGUGGUGUCUGAAAUCGACCACAUUCUGGGCAACAGACCAUACAGUAAGAAAGACUACCGCUCUUAGACCAGGCUGGUGGACUACCAAGAGGUCAGCUGCACCUAUCUACUUAACCAUACUGCUACCAUGGACCCACCGUUCAAUAUUAAAAUGGUUCUCUCCUUGGGCCCCACUCAGCUCCAGCCCUCCUCAGCCUGGAACAGACAGCUUUGCUAAGCCCAGCGUCACAUCUCUGUUUGAGAUUUGUCCUGCUCAGAUCAGCUCUACCAGGUUCAUCUCAGGUGCAGUCCAGCUCAGCCAAGAGACGCUUCACAAACUCAGCUUUUCGCAGCCUCAAACGCAACUUAAUCCAUUUGGGUAGAUCCCAACCAAGGUAUUACCCUGUUCAGCACCGGCCCAUUCAAAUAUAACUAUGCAGAGCACAUUCUAACCCACAUUAAAGUUCAGAUCCAGUGCCAUGCUGACGUCAUUUAGAGAACCUCAUCCUGGUUCAACCCCAUCCGUGAGCCCAAUUCAGAAAUUUGAUAAAGUUGAUAUUUCAACUUAAAUUAGAUGGCAAGGUAGAGAACUGCAGCUCCUGAAUUUUAGAGAUAUCCAAUUUCAUACUCACUUAUGCAGGAGUAUUUAAAGGAAAAGUGCCUUGCUCAAGGGCAUCUUGAUAAUAGUUGUUGAGUGAGAUGACUCUGUUACUUAUUCGCUUUCCCACUCACAUCCUCCCAGCUCAGCUGAUGACUCAGACCCUUGAGUCUCAAGCCUUCCUCUCUAAUGUCGAGACUUCCACCCACAAGUAAUUUAAUUUGAGCCUAAAAUUCACAUUGAGCAGAGCAUAUUUUAUUUAUGAGAAUUACUAUACCACAGCUGAAUACAUCAAUGCAAGCACCUUAGACUUAGUUUUAAAUUAGAGGUGCCUCAGGAAAGUGGACACGAGGAAGCUUCAGUUGCAUGAACACUACCAGUCAGUCAGUGCUUUCAGUAAAUUGCUAUGCAGUGUAUCAAACAAAAUUACCAUCCUGAGAUGGAUGUUUUCCCAUGAAAUGCGAGGUUUGGCAUCAACAAGAUGACCUGCUCAUAAUUCCUGAAGAAAAAAAACAGCUUUACGAAUGAGGCCUCAACAAACCAGUUCCAUAUCAGCUUGAAUUAGCUGCUUUUCAACUACCUAACUAAUGUAUCCAGUCCUGUAUUCAGUUUAGUACAGAAUAGUAUUCAGUAGACAUUAUAGGCUGCAAAUCCUGAGCAUAUUAACCAACUGAUGCAUGUUUCCCCUGCUAUAGUGUGCCUCUCUUUUCUACAAAGCACCUAAUGAAACAACAAAAAAGGAGUUUGAUCAAAAAUACUGCAAGCUUGUGAACCCCUGCGAAGUAGAGGAUUGUGGGACGUCAAUUGUUAGUAGGAUUGGAACAUGGUUCAGGGGAGGGAGCGAAGCAUGUCGCCCCCAUGUGGUCUAUUUGAGGAACUGCUCCUCUGCUUCACUAAACCCAAGAGGAGGGGAAUAAUGCUUUGCAAAAAAAAGUGGACUUACCUCUCUCUCAGCUUGCGUUGAUUAUGGACUCAUCCUCUUUCUUGCCUGUGAACUGAACCUGCAUCGCUGAUUGAACCCUGCAGAUGUGGACCUCAGCAUAUAAUAAAUCUAUGUAAUAAAGGGAUGACUGACCUCCUGGUGGUCAUGGUUAUAAUAACUGCAAAAACUGCUUGUUAAUGGCACAAUGUGGCAUAUAGGCAAGGUAUUUGGGAUGUGGCAAAGAUUACAGUAUUUAUUCUAGAGUAGUUAACAAAUAUAAAAUUUAUUUUGACAUUUUGAGAUAUUGUUUUUUGUUUGGAGAUGUUACAUGUACAUAAGAUGUUACAGAAUACCUUGUAACAUAGGCAAAACCAUGAAGAAGCCUCUCUUGCAUAUGAGGACUUUGCUGUACUGUAUGGCUAAUAUAUAAAUAAGAUGUAAAUAGAGUUACUUUGUUGCUCCUCUGCAGUGUCACUGCAUCAGUUGCAGUGCUUGAAUCUUCAUACCAUUCUUCUCCUCCAGCCUGACUUUACACUGUCACAGAAUUCAUUCUGUCUCCUGAAGGAUAUUUCAUAGAGCUAUUUACAAUGAUCAAGGGUUCAUUUGUUUUAUUUUUGCAUAGUGAAGUCAGAUUAUAAAAUCUGUAUUAAUAAUUACAUUAUUUAAAGAAUGGGCUUCUGUUAUGAGAAACAAAUAAUGAGCUUAAGCAUUGUCUAGUAGUCAUGACCUUGAAUCGUUAUUUCUGACCAGGUGGCUCAGCUCUCACAGUUCAUGGUCGUCGCCUUUGUGCAUUGUUGUUCUCGUUCUUUUUCAUCUGGAAAACAAGCCAUUGCGGAGAUCAGCAGAGAUGUUGGCCAGGUUCCAGCCGAAUCACUGUCUUGUCCUCGGUGCACAGUUGUUGACUUGUAGCACAGACGCCUUCCGGAUUUUAAUCAAAGGAAAUUUUGGUAGAUUACAGCAAUCAAUACCUUUGCCAAAAAUGCUGUUACAAGUAUUAGAACAAAACAUCAAUAGCAGCAUGGUUUAUUUUAAGAAAUCUGGCCUUGGAUGAUGAAUAGGCUUCCUCCUGACUGUUUGCUUUGGAUUGGUGGUAAAUACAAAUGAGGGUGACCUGACCAGCACUUAGUCAUCAUUGUAAUGCAAAUAGCUAUCCAUAUAUUAACAAAAAAUAACACCCAGGAAAGCAUUUGUUGUCCUAAGAGACAUAUUACUUACACCCAUCUGACUCUACUUACUGUUCAAAGAUAGAACAUUUGGGCAAUAUAUGCUCUAUAUACUAAAAUAGCAGUUGGUAUGUGGAUAGUUGCUUUUCAGGUCAAAUCCAUUUAAUUUCCUUCCCUGUAUCUCUUGUUGGUAAAAUGUGUGAUAACACAUAGAGAAGUGGUACUUUUUUUGUGCAAGUCAACAAGUUGCUGAUCAGUUUGAGUCAGUGACAAUGUUGGACUGUGGCCUGUCGGAGUGUGUGGACACUUCUCCACCGGACAGAGUGCCUUGACUUGAGUCCCGCUACAGGAAAAACAUUCAGGGAUCUCUUUCAUUAUGAAAUGUUACAUGGUGUUUGGAUGCUGUCUCCAAAAACAAAUGUGAGAGUAGAGCAAUAUUCAUUAUUAGAUUUCCCAGUCUACAGUAUGUGUUAUCCAUUACUUCAUUAAGACAAAAACAAAGCAGCAAGACUCACAGCACAGUUUGUAUAGAGGCUGUAGAUACUUGUCUAUUCAGUCCUAGCUUACAGCUCAUCACUGUGUGUGACAAUGGUUUUGUUCUCUCUUGGCCUUUAUCUGCGCCUUGUCCCCAAAAUAAUCUUACUGGGACAAUAUCUUCCCCUUCAACCAGCCAUUUGUUUCAUGAAGCAUCAGUUUGUCCAGAGACCACAGUCUUUACCAGUUUUACAGUCUCUGCAAACUCUGGAUUUUCUCUAGAGGGAAACAAGCAAUACAAUCAUCUUAUGGAUACCAACAAAAUUAUAUAUGUAAGGAAUAUAUAUAAUUAAUAGAAACUGGACAUAAAUCUGUCAUUGUUGCCAGAGAAAACAGCGAUGUGGGCAUUGGCUUUUUCACUGUCUUCUUAAUUUAUUAUCAGCAUCAGUCUCACAAGCUAGGGAACAGGUCAUAGGUCAAAAUGGAAAAAAAGUAGACAGCAUUAACCUUUGGCUGAAUUUUUAACUCUUAAUUGAUUCAGAUACCAUUAAAAGUCCUGCAACUUGUCACAAUAGCUUUAACCCAAGAUCCUCCUGCUCUUAAAUAAAUCUAACCUAAAAUCAGUUCUGAUGAAAAUGUAAAGUACUGUAUGUAAUCUAUCCUACAGAUCAGUGUUGUUGUCUACAACAUGUAAAGUUGUGGAUGGAAAAGACUUGAGUUACGCUGAGUUUGGUUCUUUUUCUUUGUUGAAAAGUGACAUGCAAACCAUUGUAUUAUUUCCUCUCCUGAGCAGUGGUUUCUCUGUAAAUAGUCUAUAUAAAAGUGUGACUAUAAAUAAAUGCAUUGCCAAUGGAAACAUCAGUCUCUCAAACAACAUAAUUCAAAUACAAACCUUUUCUGAAAGGGCUCUGAAGCAGACUGAAUGACACACAGUCAGAGAACAAGUAUACCUGGUUGCUUUAUUUGUUACAAAAAACAGAAGACAGACCUGGAGAAACACCCUCCAGACAUUUGAUCAUGAAUUUCAUGAAGUUGAAAUGUGAUAUUCCAGC